UAGAGGAAGAAGCAGCAGAACGCCGCGCGCCCAUUCAGGGUACACCAUCAAGUGGCCUACUUGCAGGUCAGUUCCCCAUACCACUGCCGAGUCGAUCGCCCAGAGAACGGACAUGCCUCAACCACGUCUGCACAGCUCUCCUCCACGCAACUCUUAUGGCAUGCAUAUCGGUGGCUACCCCUAUGAUGACGGUCGAAAUUACUACAGCCGACCAAUUCCGGAACUGCUUGGAAGCCUCCCCAUUAAUGCACCAGAGAGGCCACGUCCCCUUCGGUUCAAACCGACGGCCUUCCACGCGCUUGCCGCCAUAGGUGUCGUCGGAGUGUUCCUGGCAGCGUAUAUGGGACUGUCCGGACGUAAUACCUCUGAGAGCGAAAUGCAUCGACCGUACCCAGAGAACAGACACACUGGAAGGGAGCCAUAUAUAAGAAAAAUGGACAUUCGCCAGGCAAACCCAGUCAUGGAACCCCUUACGGCAACGGCAUCCAUACACCGGAGUUCACCGAACGAGACAUCGUUGAACAUCAGCAAUGGGUCCAGCCAAACACCUGAAGUACUGGGCCCUAAAGUAACAUACGAAGAAUUAUUUUCAUUUCCUACGCCUGUUCCCACAACGUUGUAUCGGGUGGCGUGCGUCUUCAACCACACCAGCUACAGACGGAAAGAGCCCAUGUCAUUUCGCGUUGGUCACAUUCCAGGCCCCUACUGCAGUCACGUCGUCUACUACUCUAUAGGUAUAGCGUCGGAUUUUUCCUUGCAACCGAGAGACAAAGACUUCGAUGUUGUGCGAGAUGGUUUCAACAAAUUCGCACAUCUAAAACGUAUCUAUCCCCACCUAUCAGUCCUAAUUGCCAUAGGAGGUCUUCCCUCGGACUCGAAGCUCCUGAGUGACAUAUGCCACACGCAGGAAGCCAUGGCUGCUUUUGCUGUAAAUGUGCAGACUUGGCUGUCCCGGUACGAGUAUGACGGGAUACUGUUAGACUGGAGGACGUACACGAAGUCCUUCAGGUCACACAUGCGCUCCCUACUAGAAGUGCUUCGGCAAGCGUUCGGCCCGUCGUAUUCCAUCUGGUUGGCAGUCCCUAACGACCAUGAACUGCGCAAGAGAUAUUUCAACGUCGCGCGUGUCUCUCAAUACGUCGACAAAUUCUUCGUGAUUCCAGAGGUUACCCAGAGUAAGCUUACGAAUACACCGCUGGUCCCAGAUUUGCUGAAUGACGUCUUGGACGUACGACACCAUUUGGUGACGGGCGACGGUGGAAAACUAUACAACAAAUUCUGUUUUGCAAUGCACAUUGGAGGCCGAUCGUACACGCUCGUCCAGGAACUGGCGGACGGUUCGAAUGCGGUCGUGUCCGACUACGGGAUACGUGGGCCGUACACAGACUAUCCUGGGUUGCUGGCCUACUACGAGUUCUGCAACGCAAACUGGAGCGUGAGGACGCACGGCGCCUUUGAAUCGUAUAUGUCUGAAGGACGUCAGUGGGUGGGAUACCUAGAUGUCCCUAACAUCGUCAAGGUGCUGAAGAUGGCUCUCUGGAAGCACAGGGCGUCUUGUGUUGGUGUCUGGGACGUGUCCUUGGACGACUUCAGAGGAGUCUGCGGAGAAAGGUUCGUGCUCACACGUGCUGUGGCUGGCUGGAAAGCGUACGGCCGUUCUAAUGCGGGUCUUUUCGAAAAAUGAGUAAUUAAUAAAUUGGUGUACACCCUGA